UUCGGCUUUGAAACGGAGAUGAGCACUGCCCCCUAGAGUCGGGAACGACUAGCAUAUAUGUGCGUGGGAAACUUUUACCUUUUUAGACCAGCAUAACCCUAAUGCGUUUCACCAGCGGGCUAAAUCAAGCCUCCCUAUCCAGGAGCAGUCUACGGCUCUCGAAACACCGCUCUCCCUUUCCCUCCACUUGGCUUUUUUUAAAAAUUAAUCCGCCGGCUCUUCUCAAAGAUCUUUCUCCUUCCCGCCCAGGGAAUUAGCGUUUCUUUCCCCACUCACUCCUCCCCGGGGGACGCAAUUUUCACGGCGCGACAUGAAAGGGAAAAAACCGAAAGAUGAGAACAAGAAGGGGGGGGGAAAAAAAGAAGAAGAAAGAAAACCAGAGCUGGCUUCGUUCGGCCAAUUAACGCCGCAGCUUUGAUGAAUGCUAAUAAUAAACCCCCAAAAUAGUUUCGCGAGAUAUAUUAGCGGUGCCAGAGUUAGUCAGGAUAUUGUUCGCUGGGCCUCGUCCAGAGAGACGGAUGAAUCAAAGUCAACGGUUUAAUUUUUUUCACCGUUGCCAAAUUGCAAAUGCAUUCAAAACCCUCCGGAGGGACCUCUUGAUUGGCAGCCCCUGCCUGGAACAACAACCCACAACCCCCCCCCCCACACACCAUCCAGCUUAGAAAUCUAGGGCGCGGCCGUGCCACUCGCUCGCCCAAGAAUCCUUGGUUAACUUUGGCUCCUUCCCAUCCUUGCCAGGGGCCCAUUCCCCAGGAAACCAGGUUUAAGGGGUGCUUCAUCUUCCGCAGUUAAAAGACACCCCCCCUCCCUCUCUCUCUCUCCGUCCCCGGGGAGGCUGGCGUGGGCUGCCGGAGAAACGGUGCCGGAUGUACUUUCGUGCCUGAAGCUGGCGAAGAAGAUUUUUGGUUUCAGCACCGUGGACAGCUCCCUGUUGUGCUGAGACGUUGCUCUUCCUGUGGAUUUGCCCCGGGGAGACCCCAACCAUGAUUGGGAUCCGUUUGGGCACCGUGGCCCUUCUCUGCCUCUUCUUCCUGGUCCAGGGAGAGCCGGCUAACCAAGGAACAUCGGAAUUGCCGCUUAAACACACGUACCCGGCGCACGAGAAGGAGCUGCUGGACGAACUGCAGGAAGUGCUGGAAAAACUACAGCAUAAGAAAGUCUCGGCUUGGGAGAAGAAAUUCAACCAAGUGCCGAAGUGCUCCUUCGGAGACCCCUGCGCCGUCCGGAAAGGCCCCCGCAUCGGCAAACUCUGCGACUGUCCCCGGAGAGCCAGCUGCAACGCUUUCCUUCUCAAAUGCUUGUGAAAUGCACCCGAUAAGUCCCCCUCCCGUCUUGCGGCUUUGCGUUCUGCUUCUCUGCAAUCUGUCAGCUCUGGGGUUUCGGGGGGUGGGGGAUUUUGGGGAGGUGGGGGACGAGGAGAGCUUGAGUCGCUCCCUCCCCUUUGCUGGAAUCCUGGAGCCGGGCGCUGGGAGGAAUAAAGGAGACUUCCUGA